AAUCAUCCAUGAUAUCAACAUGCCUUCACGCUUCUUUUAAUAGGCUACACCCAUGCUUCAAUAGUUGAAAAUGUCAGUAUUCCAUGUAGUAGUUUUGCGCAGUCCCUAAAUUAUUUAAAAAAAACAUCGUCCAAUCCCUAACAGAGUUACAUUUGAACUACUCAAAGCGAAAACCGUGCUACAGGAUCUCAUGAUUCUUUUACCUUCUGGGUGGAUGUGCAUGCUCCUGUUGGACCCGACCAGAAGGCAUAUGUGAAGUACCUCGCCACCAUGUUCAGCGUCUUAGCCAAGAAAGUCAUGGUGAAGUGGUCCAUGACCCAGAAUCUGACAUUUAAAGAGCAGCUGGAUGCAGGAAUACGCUACUUUGAUCUCCGGGUCUCCUCCAAACCAGGCGAGUCUGGAAAUGAGAUUUACUUUAUCCAUGGCCUGUUUGGCCACAAGGUGAGCGAUGGCUUGUUAGAAAUCAACUCCUUCUUAAGCAGACACAGGAAAGAGAUAGUGUUUCUAGACUUUAACCACUACUAUGCAAUGGAUCUAGAGCAUCAUGUGUACCUCAUCAGCAUGCUCCAGGAAGUGUUUGGCAGCAAGCUUUGCAACAACUGUGCAGUGGAGGGCAUCACUCUGGACUACCUCUGGCAGAAGAAAUACCAGGUGAUUGUGUUCUACCAUCAUCCAUCAGCUCAGGACAUCCCUGCCAUGUGGCCUGGCAACAAGAUCCCUGCUCCCUGGGCAAACACCACCGAACCCAAAAAGCUCACACAGUUCCUGGAAACUACACUGAGGGACAGAGCCAAGGAGGGCUCCUUCCACGUGUCUCAGGCCAUCCUCACACCCAGGGUUAACACCGUGGCCAAGGGCCUGAUCUGGGGGCUGCGCAACUACCUGGUGGAGAGAAACCUGCCGACCAUCAUGUCCUGGGUUGAGGCUCAGAGGCCGGGGAAGGACGGGGUCAACAUCAUCACUUCUGACUUUGUGGAGCUCACUGACUUUGCCAACAUUGUCAUCAAACUCAACAACCUGCUGUUGUCUGAACAGGACCGCAAACAAAGAUGACACACGUUUGCACAACAGGCCAAAUGUGUGCUGACCCGCGGUGUGGUGCAAGUCGGAGGGCAGAUUCUUCCACCAUUGUUGGAUAAUAGUUCUUACAUAACGCCAGAGUCCCUAUGAAGUUAGUUUUAAUAAUAUUGUAUUUUAUUGCGUUAGUGACUUCAACAAGGACGGUUUAUCAUUAGCAAGAAAUUAGCUAUUUCUUUAGCUGACUGUUGCAUUGUCUUGCUUAAGGACUAGUAAAGCAGUAAAGGGAUACUGUAAGAGCCCAGUUAAUUGCGCUUGAAUAACAUCAAACCUUUCAACCUUUUGAACCAUUUUGAAUGUCACAGUUUUUAUUGCAGCUGGCUCUCUCAGCCCCAAUAUCAUGCACACGUCCAAAAGAGGGGAGGAAGCUGGAGUUUUACCACCAUCAAAAGGUCGACCAAACUUGUCAUACCACCGCUUUGGCUUCAUUUCUGGAUUCAAAUAGCUAUAUUCCCUUUUGCUGGAAAAGCUGGCAAUAUACCACAUUGUAGUGUCUUAUGGCCAUGCAGCACAGGUCACCAUGCAGAAACAGACUCACAGCUACCUGUGACCUGGACAAUGAUUAUAUGAAUCAAGGAUUUCAACAUGGUUUCAACAUCUCAAAUAUUAUGCUGUGUUCACACCAAAUGCAAAGCGAAUUUACGCCUUGCGUUACUGGCGCGAGUUUGACCUUGGGAUUAUUUGUGUGUAUUCCAAUUAUUCGUGCAAAACGUGCCAAAGAGAAGGAAGAGCUCCAUAUAGAGAUACCAACAAUGUUGCUGUCAACCAUUUCUCUCCAACAUCAGCCAUGGCCAAAAUAACCACUAUUGCUGCUUUGCAGCCCACCUGUUGUUGAAGUCCCGGAUACAUCGGAAAACCAAACGCUGUCAUGUCUUGGUUCAUAACAUCACAAGUAACCGGUGGGGCAGAGCAGAUGUAAGUUUAUACGAUUUGGUCGCGUAUUGGGCAUAAACCGUAAUUUGCGUCACUGAAUCACCCAGCGCAAAUUUGCAUUUAAUCGCAUCUUUGCGUUUAAUCGCAUCUUUGCAUUUAAUCGCAUCUUUGCACUCAGUUUGUAGGCUAUGUAAUCACGCCACACCAAAAAUUCACUUUGUGUUUGGUGUUAACAGAAUUACUAUAGUUGUCCUUUUUUUUCUGUUCACGUCACAAAUUUUUUUUUAUUAAGGUGAAAGCCAAGAUCCUAUAUUGCAUAAUUGUUUUGCUUUUUUGAAAUACUGUAUUUAGGUGUUUAAGGUAUUGUCUGCAUCGGAACAUAAGGUAUUGGAAUGAAAAGCAAUCGCGACAAAUAUUUAAUGAUACUUUUACUGUAAUAAUUUACAGCAUUAUGUUAAAUAAUUGCCAACGAAAAUGUUUGACAUGAUGGCAGUGGAAUUUGUUGCGAUGGCAUUAAUAAUUCACUUGGCCAGUGAUCUAAAGUUGGGUUUUUAACUAUGCACUUUGUGUUUUUUCCAAUAAUGGACGUACUGGGGAAAAUACAGGCUGCAUUUUAGUGAGUAUUUUUGUUUGUAUGUUAAAAACUGCCAUGACACUUUGCUAACUCUGUCUAAGUACAUAUCGCUGGGCUGUAAAGUUUAGCACCUUUAGGGGGGAAUUGCAGAGGGAAAGCCAUAUAUGUGUGAAACUUGUGCCACAAUGCUCAUAAAAUACAUCAACCAAUG